GGUAUUUAUCUACAUCCUGUUUCACACAUUUUAACACAAAUAAACGUUACUACGUCAUAAACCUUUGUUUUAAAGAUAACGACGAUUGAAUGAGGGUGCGGCAUUAACAAAAGAAUAUUUAAACAGUCUACUAUCUUACUAGGAAGUUGCUUGCAAAAAAGGAUGGAUUUUUUGUGGGUCUCGGGUUGGGCCGUUGGCGAAUUGUAUUGUUCGAGUUUCUUGGGGCGGGGGAUGCAUUAAAUGCAGUUAGGGUGCAAUGAAUCUUUUACCUGGAAAACAACGAGGGUUGGGUACUUCGGUAGUGUAUUACCGAAUUUCGAAGACACAGUAUGUCUCGGUGUGCAGAAAAGUGGUUGUUGGUGCAGUGGGAUGAUAGUGGUGUUGAUGUGGUGCAUGUCAGGAGUUUGACGAAUACCCGACAUGAGGACAUCCAGCCUGGAGCCCCUAUGUCGGCUUUUUUGAAAGGGGAACCGAAAGCGGGAACUUUCAUUUGUAAAUCCCACGAUCGUCACCUAUUGGAGCAAAUGCAACUGAAGAUGAAGGACGAGGCGAAAGGCGGUCCAAGCGGGGAGGGGGGGCAGGGGGAAGAACCAGGCGACUUCUCAGACAGUGCCUCGUCAUGGGAGCCUAGUGAUGACCAUGCUUCUGAAUCCGACGAGAUGGAGGAAAAGAAAGUGAAGUUGGACCACUUCAGAAAGCAAUCUAUACAAGAAAAGCCCAGAAAAAGGAUACUCACCCCGUCACACAGAGCCAAUGCAGUCAUACCAGAAAUUAUGCAGCGAGGAAAGCACUCAACCAAAAAGCCAGCCAACAGAAAACGCACUUACGGAUCCACUAAACCGAUAAAUGAUGAUAAACUGCCAGAUUCGACUAAAAAGAACAUGGCACGCGAAAUAAUACUACAAAAUGUCACAAUUGACCUCAAUGAUAUAAUGGAAAUACGGGAGUGUUUCAGAGAUCUAUUUCAAAUGGUCAAAGACAUGUCGCUUGGUCAAGUCCCGUGUGUGGGAAAUGCGCCAGUCAAACCUGACCUCUCAAAUACAUUGACAAACUUACCGUGUGCGACUGAUGAUGAGAAGGAGAAUGAUAGAAGCCGUAGUGCCGAGUCUGAUCGCUCUGAAGACAACAUUCUUAUUAGCAACAAAUAUAAGAAUUAUAAUGGAAAUGACAGCAACAAUACCAGCAAUAAAAAAAGUCCAACACCGAACAUACCGGAGGGUGAAUGGAUAGCAAUCGGCAGUGGAAAGACGUUGUUACACAAAGAUAAAUUCAGGAAAGUCAAUUGGAAAUCCUACACAAUAGCAACAAGAACAUUAUUACUGGCUUUAUUCCCACGAAGGAUCUUAGCGACUCAUUCUCUAACAGGGAAGAAGUCACCGGCGUUUCGAAACAAACCAGCGAAAAUGUGUCUCGAUCCAAAAAUAAUUUCCGAUGUUAUUAUCGAAAUCCAGGACAGAUUCAACGUGAAAGAAAAUCUUAUCAGGAGUAUCAUAACAACAAAGUGUGCUGACGAAUGUAAAAUGUACAAAAUGAGACAAGAUAGAAGAAAGACCGUGACUUUGAUGCGGAAACAAGAAAUUGUAAAUGAUGAAACUGAGGAAGACAGAAACAAUAGAACUGCCUGAUGGAUAAAGAAUUUCCAACGCAUUCUCUUUGGACAAAAUAGAAUGAAAUCUAAACUUAAAACAUUGGGUUCAUGGCUAGAAUUCUAAAAUAAUUUCUACAAUAACACAAUUUCAGCCAAUGUAAUAAAUUACAUUUGUUUGACUAGAUAUAAUUAACAGUGAUUAAAUUAUUUCUAUCUAAUUUUAGAUAUUAAUUACAUAAUAUUUUUUCUAUAA